AUGGCAUCUCAGACCAUCGAGAGCCACCGCUCAGGUGCAGAGAUCUUCCAUGGAGAUGUCGAUUGCAAGAAGAUGAUCAUUGAACUUCUCAAAGAGAUCUGCCUUCCACUGGGUUUGUUCCCAGUGGAGGAUAUCGAGGAAUUUGGCUAUAAUCGUGCAUCAGGAUUCAUAUGGAUAAUUCAGAAGAAGAGCAAGAAUCACACCUUCAAGAAGAUCAAGCGUCAGGUUUCUUAUGCAACUGAGGUGACCGCAUUAGUUGAGCCUCGCAAGAUGAAAAAGAUGACUGGGGUCAAGACCAAGGAGCUUCUGUUGUGGCUCUCUGUUGUUGAGAUGUACUUUGAAAAUCCCUCAUCAGAGAAGCUCACCUUCAAGACUGGCACUGGACUUUCUGAUAGCUUUGUGGCGUCUGCUUUUGAGUUUGAGAAGUGAGAGCUCUAUGAUUGCCCUUUUGUCGUUGAACUAUAUUUUUUUUUUCUUUUGUUUGAUACGGUGAUAUUGUGUGCAAGUGUUCUCAUUAUACUAAGAGAAAUGGUGUUCGGAUUUGGUCAUUGUUCAACGUAAUAGCAAGUUCUAAGAAAUGUUUAUUAAUUAAUUUUCUACU